UGACAAAUAGAAGCGAUUCAACUAGCCAACGAGAUUCAAUGUUCGCAGGAAGUGCCUCGAUAUAAAUCUACUAAGGUGAUGCAAUCCAAAAUAGUAUCCAGUCUCCGAUCCAGGGUCGAAGUUUGUUAUAUAUGGCGCCGGGGUCAGUGCUACUUGGUAGUUGCAAAUUCUGAGAGAAAACAAAUAAGAGAACAAGCAAACAAGUUAUCUUGAGACAUGAAUGGCUCAGCUAACAAAGAAGAAUGCACAGGGCACGAAAUGCUUACAGAAAGAAUGCCGCGGUCAAAACAAAGAACCCAAAGGUCCUUAUUUGGCUGGCUUCACCACCAUAGUCCCAAAACCACGGAAUCAUAUAGAAAUCGGGAUAGUAUAACUGGAAGAGACUAAGCUCCUGUACGAGGUGAGCUUUUGAUCUACUAACGCGUUCACCAGGUUGAAACCGCAAAUCAUCGGGAUAGUAUAAAACGAGAUCGCAUGAACUGGCAAGACGAUGGAUAAAAUCAGUACCCUGCCGCUAGAGCUAAUUCUCAUAAUCCUCUCCCGCCUCCCUCUCAAGUCCUUGCUCGCCUUCGGCGCAACAUCGCGCAACAACUAUGAACGCCAUAUCCUGUGCGUCCGGCAUCUUCGACUAGCUGUAUUCCAGAAGCGAAUCCACUCUGUCGUAUCCUUCCUACAAGCUGGCUGGGCAGCUCCAGAUGAGAUAAGUGAGUCAGGAGACGUCAAAAGCACCGAGACACAACCCUCCAUGCACACCGUCAACAUUAUCCAACCGCGUCUUCCUUUUGCUUCAACUAGUUCAUCAUCGCUCCACGAAAAACAUGACGCCAAGGACAGUCUCAGAAUACUCCAGAGAUGCAGCCGACCCAAUCUUUUAAUGGGCCAAAUGGUCCGCAACCAAAACGAAGUUUUCGCACAAUUCGUCAACCGCUAUGGAAGCUCCCUUGCAGAGCUGGAAUUCAUGGCAUACGACCUAGACGCUCAAGGUGCUCGGGCUUUAGGCCAAAACUGCCAGGACUCACUGCGCCAUCUCGCGCUGCGCUUCGAACACCCGCAUAUCCGCGAUGGUUUUACGAAGCCGGCAAUGUGGUUCCAACCAGCACCAGGGAGUACGGCUUGGAAUGCACUGAUCGGGAUCGGGCCUCAAUAUAAACCCCGCGGCAAGAUCACAGGACUGGAAACCAUUAUCAUGGAGCGGGCUGGCAUCACGCCAUGGCAGCUGUCGAUGCUUGUGCGGAACAGUCCUAAUCUGAAGACGUUGAAGUUGAGGACGUGUAGUGGCGCACAACCAGAAUUUUUGGACUGGUUAGGAGGUAUCGACGAGGGAUCGGACUCUGAGGGUAUGCACGAUGACUCUGAGCAUGCGCCUGGUGCGCAACUGGAGGUUCUCUGGUUGGAAAACUGUCAACAGAUCUUGGAUAGAACGGUGGAGAAGUUUGAUAAACUGCCGGAUGAGAUAUGUGAUAUUGGUUUGGAAUGGGUAAGAGGGCUGACGAGCUUGAAGUCCCUCUCUUUUAGCGAAUGCGCAAAUUCCCGCGCCAACCAUCUCUGGGAAACCACUUUCUCCAAACUCUUCCCCAAGCGUCACUCUCGAGAGAAAGAAGAAGAACCACCAAGACCUAUCGAACCUGCUACUAAAAUAAACGAACUCACCGACGGCUUUUACAUGUACUCGCAGUCUCUGCUUGAAGAAGAAGAAGAAGCGAAAAAGAGAGAAGCAGCCAUGGCGCACCAAAAGGAAGUGUCUGAUAGUUCGGAUAGUUCUUUUGCUUCUGCUUUGAUGUCUCCUGUCGAGCGUCGUAUCCGUCCUUACUCUAUUGACAACCCUGACUGGGAGCAGCCUGGUGCGUUGGUGGAGGAGAUCCGUGACGAGAAUAGCCUGGACAAGGUCAGCAGUAUCAUGUCUGUUUAUUCCAAGGUGUACGGCAUUGCCAAGGUUGUCUAUGUUGCGUUUGUGAGCUUUGGCGUUGAGCUUGACGACUUCCCCAUGGGCUUCCUUUUCCACAUCAAGCGUGCUGAAGACUACGUGCGUUCUGUCUCUCUGGCCGAGCUGAAAGAAAUGGUCGAGAACUUGUACUACGCCGUGUACGCAAGACUCAUCGCCGAAAUGGCAAACGUCGAGCUCUGCUCUUCGUUCACCGUCGACAUCCGUCGUGCCUCUGCUAAAGACACCAUCGUCCUGCCCGAACCCAGCCACAUGUACAAGAUCUUCCUGUCGUGCAAGGAAAUACUCGACUCGCCCAGCACCUGCAGCGAGCUCAACAAACACACCAUCCAAGCCUGCCAGGAAGGCUUCAUCCGUCGCAUCGCCAACCGCAUGUCCACCGGCGGCUUCUCCCUCGACGACGUCCUCGGUUACCGCCGCCACAUCCUAGCCGAAGUCUCCAACGAGCUCUCCCCCUUCUGCCAGAAAUGGCACCGUCUCUCCGUCGUCUACCGCAUGCCCGCCGCCGAGGUCCUCGCCGUUCUCUCUGAGAAAUACCUCGCCAUCAUGCCCAAGGCCCCCAUUCCCGGCGAAAUCCCCGUCUCCGACCUCCCCUUUAUCAACCCCGACACCAUCCGCCCGGACGUCUGGGAGCGCCAGAUCAUCCUAGACCACCGCCAGGCCACACUCGCCAAGCUCGAGGGCAAGUCCAUUGGUGACAUCCGCCGCGAGAACAACGGCCGACGUCUGUUGGAUUUUGUCAAGGAGCGGAAGUGCGUGUGUCCGUCGACCUGCGAUUGUGCGCAUGAUUGCACAAUGAACAUCGAGCGUCCGUGUCCUUGUGCGCCGCGCAUGAUGCGGAUUAUGGUUGCUAAGCGUCGUCGGGGUCCGGGUGCGCAGACUCUGGGCGACAGGUGUAGUGGUCUGGCUAAGGCUAUCUUCGACGGUCUUGCGGUGAUUAGUCGUCAUACCGGGGACUCACAGAUGGUUGAUGAGCUGGGUCUCGCUCUUCAGCUUAUCGAGGAGGAGAUUCAGAAGGAGUGCAUGGCUAGUGAGUGAGUUACCGUGUUGUGUGUUUCUGGAUCUCUGAGGGGAGUUGGAGGGUGGUGGGCGACAUAUGCCUUGCGUUUCUUGCUUUCUGUAUAUAAUGAGUGACGAGAAAUGAGAAUUCGAU